UUUCUCACCCCCUCCGCAGGUUGCACCUUCCCCAAGAAAGGGCAGCAGUGCGUGGUGCACUACACGGGAACGUUCCGCAACGGGAAGAAGUUUGACUCGUCGCGCGAUCGCAAGAAGCCGUUCCGCUUCACGCUGGGCAAGCAGCAAGUGAUCAAGGGCUGGGAGGAGGGCGUGGGCCAGAUGAGCCUGGGGAUGCGGGCGCGCAUCACCUGCACUCCGGACAUGGCGUACGGCGAGACGGGACACCCCGGGGUCAUCCCGCCCAACACCACGCUCAUCUUCGACGUGGAGCUCCUGCAGCUGGAGUGACGCCUGACUUUAGCCCCGGUGGGGGUCGACCGACGAUCCAGGACUCGCCGAUUCACUGUCACUGCACUCGCCAAUCCGUUGUCUCACACGUCACUCUUUCAUCGCUACUACCGUGGUUGCCGUUCUCGUAAACUUGACUCAAUUCCUCCACCCGUGUUGGCCGGAAUGUUUCAUGUCAUCCACACCCGUGUUCGACCACAACACUGCAGGUCACAACGUGUGCAUUCAUUAAUUCAACAACUCGCACGCCCAGUCGCCACGCUCCAGGUCACAUCACUUCUUUUCCGCUUCUUUCCUCGGGCUGCUCCACUUUGGAAUUCCCAUUCUUCUACCAGCGGGCGUAUCUUUUCCCCCCGAAUAAUAACCGUGCCAAGGCCAUUUGGUGCCUCUCGGUACACGCAAACGCAGCAUUCACCCUGGAUAAACGCACGGCACUGAAACUAUAUUUGUAUUUAAAAAUGCACCGAUAUUAACCUUGAACGGUACCCUGCACCACCAGCAACAGCCUAACCCAGGCCCGACUGUUACACCACGGCGCACGUGUUUUUUUUGCGGCUGUCCUCUGCAGCUCCCUGUUGUAUUUUCGCGACGUGGCGUGUUGUUCGGCACGAAGGGACCUGGGUUCUAUUCCUGACCCCAGGUACCUUUCUGCGCGGAGUUUGUGUGCUCAUUGUACAGUAUGAAUGAGUGUGAACGAGUCGAGUGUGCAUGUUCUUUCCUUGUUCUGCGUGGGCCUACUCCGGGUUCUCCGGUUUCAUACCACUGCUAAAUAAACCACAUAAUUUAACUGGCAUUUCCAAAACAUCCCAACGUGGCAGGACCCUGCUGAAAAUGACUUGGACUCAGUGUGGGUAUCCUGGGUGAAUAAGUACAGUACUGUACACACAGCAGCAAUCAGCGCCCCCUACCAGUGGAUGUCCGCUCACAGGCGAGGUGCCGAGUCACUUGGUGCCACACAAGGACAGCUUCCACCGGCAGUGCCCCUUCCAAAGGUGUCAAGAUGAGGUGUGGGAUGUCAAGCGCUUGUAUACGCUCCGGCGUACGGGGGGGCUAUCAAACACAACUCAAGAUCCACCUCGCUCGCACAGCGCGGCCCUCGUGGCCAGAUGACCACCGGAGCGGCCCUCACCUAGCCAGAUCAAUCUCACCCAGCCAGCCAGCUUUCACCCAGGCAGCCAGCUCUCUCAACCAGCCAGAUCAAUCUCACCCAGCCAGCUCAGCUCUCACCAGCCAGCUUACUCUCAUCCAGCCAGUCAGCUCUCACCAGCCAGCCAGCUCACUCUCAUCCAGCCAGCUCACUCUCACCCAGUCAACUCUCACCAGCCAGCCAGCUCUCAACUAGCCAGCUCACUCUCACCCCGACAGCAAGCCAGCUCAGCCAGCUCACUCUCAUCCAGCCAGCUCACUCUCACCCAGCCAGCUCACUCUCACCCAGCCAGCUCACUCUCACCAACCAGCUCUCAUCCAGCCAGUCAGCUCUCACCAGCCAGCUCACUCUCAUCCAGCCAGUCAGCUCUCACCAGCCAGCUCACUCUCAUCCAGCCAGUCAACUCUCACCCAGCCAGCUCACUAUCACCCAACGUGUCGUUCGCAGUGCCCUCACAGCCCUGCCUAUGGACGAGUGUUUGUUGUGUGACCAUGAAGCCAGCACCGGUCUGUUCAUACACCAACACACGCUCUGUCCCAAGCCAACAGAAUGGCUCUGAUCACGAGUUCACUUCACUCGCAGUGCCUUGCAACACACAGUGCACAUUUACUGUGGUCUCUGUUUACAUACGGUACUUCAUAGUGUUCAAAUAUGCCAAAGCUGCCGACCAGUCGACAAAAUUUGCAACCUGCCUUUGUCCACAAAAUCAUGUUUAAUAAACAAUUUAUUUAUACAAUUGAUAUUGCCUUCCAGUCUUGAUUGAAGGAGCGGUACAGGUACAGAUCUUAACGAUGACCAAAAUCAAAAUCCCCGUUGCUCAAACCA